AUGGAUAAAGCAUUCAUGGGGCCACUAAAAAGUUACUACAGUGAAGAAAUUCGUAUGUGGUUGCGCGAAAACAAUAGACCACUUACUGCCUACGAUAUUUCAGAGUUAUUUGGCAAAGCUUAUCUAAAAUGCCAGACUGGUGAAAUUGCAGCAAAUGGCUUUAGAGUUGGUGGCAUUUAUCCAUUAAAUACAAAUAUUUUCACGGAAUCUGACUAUCUCGCAGCAGCACAAGAAUCAGCGGAUGGCAUUGCUGAAAACGAACAAGAAGCACGUAGUCCUAUCGCUGCAAGUCCACAAGUCAUAAAUGAAGCUGGAAAUCAUUCACCAACCCUAUUACAAGGUUUCGAUGACAGUCAUGUUGAUGUUUCGUCAGAUAGCAGACAACAGUCAAAUGAAAUUGUGUCGGAAACAGAUCCUCCAUCAGUAAACCUUCCUGAUAUUGCAAUGCGAGAACAAGAAAAAGAAAAUCUUCCUGGACCUUCUCGUAGUAACCCCAUUGUGACACCGUUUCAAAUCUCACCAGUUCCUACUUCCAAAUAUCGGUCAUCAAAUCGAGGUCGUAAGCCAGGUAAAUCUGAAAUAAUUUCUAGCUCACCCUACAAAAAGCAAUUGGAAGAAGCAAUAAACGAAAAAAAACUGAAAAAACCAUUUGAAAAUGAGUAUAAAAAUAGAAACAAAGAAAAGAAAACAAAGAGAAAUUUAAAAGGAAAAGGAAAGGGAAAAGGGAAAAGUUCCAAAUCGACCAAAGGAAAGAUAUUUCCAGAAAAAGACACAGAGUCUGAUAGUGAUGAUAAAUUCGCAUCUGAUGAAUCAGAAGAAGAUAAACCCUCUUAUGCUAAUGUGACACAACCUACAGGAAAUGACUGUAUUUGUUUUUUCUGUAAUGGAAAAUUUACCGAAGAUCAAAGGGAAGAACAAUGGGUGCAAUGCUUCACAUGCGAAGGGUGCACAGCGAAUGUGCUGGUUAUGAUUCGGGUUGCUAUGUUUGUGAUUACUGCAAAGACUAGAGAAAAGCAAAAAAGUAGAAUUGAUUUAGAAAUAAGCAUUGAUAUAGUUUUUUAA